AUGUCUGAUUUCUGGCAAAGUUAUUUGGACAAUCCUACAUUGUCUGUAUUACCCCAUGACUAUUUAAAACCUGCUAAUAACAAGUCAGUUGAAGGCUCUUAUUCUUUUGAACUUCCCGCUAAAACCGAUUUCAUCACUGGAUUAUCAGUAUUUGCUGCUUUAGUUUUCAGAUUGACUGGUGACGAAGAUAUUGUAAUUGCUACUGACUCCGAACAAGAUCCAACUGAAUUUAUAAUUAGAUUGAAUUUAACACCUGAAAUUUCAUUUAAAGAUCUUGUAAAUAAAAUCACCGAUGAAUAUCAAACCAAUCAGAAGAAUAUUAAUUAUAAAUCAUUAUCUGAGGUCUCUCAUGCCAUUAAAGAAGCUAAGAAAUUGGAAGAAUAUCCUGGCUUAUUCAGAUUGUCGUACCAACACUCCAAUCCUCACCAACAAUUGAGUACUUCUGUCGAAGGGUCUAUUCGCGAUUUAGCCGUUUUCACCGAUGGCCACAAAUUUACAAUUUUCUAUAAUGCCUUAUUAUAUUCUCAUGAGAGAAUUUCUACAUUUGGUGAACAAUUCGUCCAAUAUAUUGGGGCUGUUGAUGCUCAACCAGAAGUUGUGAUAACAAAGGUUAGUUUAAUUACUGAGUCUCAAAAGAAGCAAUUACCUGACCCAACUAUAGACUUAGAUUGGUCUGGGUAUAGAGGUGCUAUUCAAGAUAUCUUUAUGAGAAAUGCUGAAGCUCAUCCUGAAAGACCAUGUGUUGUGGAAACAGAAUCUUUCAUGGACUCAAAUUCAAAGACUCGUACUUUUACUUAUCAACAAAUCAACCAAGCUUCUAACAUUGUCGGGAAUUACUUGAAAGAAACCGGAAUUAAGAAAGGGGACAUUGCUAUGAUUUAUGCUUAUCGUGGUGUUGAUUUAAUGAUUGCCGUUUUGGGUGUUUUAAAAACUGGUGCUACAUUUUCAGUCAUUGAUCCUGCAUAUCCUCCAGCCAGACAAAACAUUUAUUUAUCGGUUGCAAAACCAAGAGCUUUAAUUGGAUUAGAAAAGGCAGGGACUUUGGAUCAAUUGGUAGUUGAUUAUAUCAAGAAUGAAUUAGAUGUCAUCACCACUAUCCCACAAUUAAAGAUCAAUGAUGAUGCAUCACUUGUAGGUGGUGUUAUUGGAGGUGAAUCUCAAGAUUGUUUGGCUUCUUUUGAAAAGUUUAAAGAUCAACCAACUGGUGUCAUUGUUGGCCCAGAUUCUAAUCCAACUUUAUCAUUCACUUCUGGUUCUGAAGGUAUUCCAAAGGGUGUUUUAGGUCGUCACUUUUCUUUAGCAUAUUAUUUCCCUUGGAUGGCAAAGAGAUUCGGAUUAUCAGAAAAUGAUAAAUUUACUAUGCUUUCAGGUAUUGCACACGACCCAAUUCAAAGAGAUAUGUUUACUCCAUUAUUCUUGGGUGCGCAAUUAUUAGUUCCAACUGCUGAUGAUAUUGGUACUCCUGGUAAAUUGGCUGAUUGGAUGGCAAAAUAUGGUGCUACCGUUACACAUUUAACUCCAGCCAUGGGUCAAUUAUUAAGUGCACAAGCAAGUACUCCUAUCCCAACCUUACAUCAUGCGUUCUUUGUGGGGGAUAUCUUAACAAAGAGAGAUUGUUUAAGAUUACAAAGUUUAGCAGAAAAUGUUGCAAUUGUUAAUAUGUAUGGUACUACAGAAACCCAAAGAGCAGUUUCUUAUUUCGAAAUCAAAAGUAGAAAAGAUGAUCCUAUGUAUUUGAAGAACUUGAAAGAUGUUAUGCCAGCUGGUACAGGUAUGCAUAAUGUUCAAUUAUUAGUUGUGAAUAGACAUGAUACAUCCCAGACUUGUGGUGUUGGUGAAGUUGGUGAAAUCUACGUAAGAGCAGCUGGUUUAGCUGAAGGAUAUCGUGGUUUACCUGAUUUAAAUGCUGCAAAGUUCAUUACUAAUUGGUAUGUUGAUCCAUUCCAAUGGGUCAAGAAAGAUCAAGAAAACAAGAAGCCAGAAGAAGCAUCUUGGAGAGAACAAGGCUGGUUUGGUCCAAGAGAUAGAAUGUACAGAUCUGGUGAUUUGGGUCGUUAUUUACCAGACGGUAACGUUGAAUGUUGUGGUAGAGCUGAUGAUCAAGUUAAGAUUAGAGGAUUCAGAAUCGAAUUAGGUGAAAUUGAUACUCAUUUAUCCCAACAUCCAUUAGUUAGAGAGAAUGUUACCUUAGUAAGAAGAGAUAAGAAUGAAGAAGCAACUUUAGUUUCCUAUAUCGUUCCAAAGGAUUCUCCAGACUUAGAAUCUUUCAAGUCAGAAUUUGAUGAAUCUGCUGAAGAAGCCAAUGAUCCAAUUGUGAAGGGAUUAGUUGCAUACAGAGAAUUAAUUAAAGACAUUAAGGCUUACUUGAAGAAAAAAUUAGCCUCUUAUGCAAUUCCUACGAUUAUUGUUCCAUUAGUUAAAUUACCGUUAAAUCCUAAUGGUAAGGUUGACAAGCCAAAAUUACCAUUCCCAGAUACCGUUCAACUAGCUGCUGUUUCUAGAUUAAGUACAUCUGCCAAGGAUGCAGAAGCUGCUGAACAGGAAGAACUUACUAGAUUGGAAGAAAUUAUUAGAGAUUUAUGGUUUGAUGUCUUACCUAAUCGUCCAGCAACCAUUUCCAAACAAGAUUCAUUCUUUGACUUGGGAGGUCAUUCUAUUUUGGGUACUCGUAUGAUUUUCGAAUUAAGAAAGAAAUUAAAUGUUGAAAUUCCAUUGGGUGUUAUUUUCAAGAAUCCAACUGUUGAACAAUUCGCUAAAGAAGUUGAAAAACUUAUUCAAGGAGGUCAAGAUUUCCAAUUAGCAGAUGGAGCUCAUGAAGAAGCCGCAGCCCCAGCUCAAAAGCCAGAGAUUAGUUAUGCUAAAGAUGCUGUAUUGUUAUCGCAAUCGGAACUUUUACCUUCUUACCCAUCAUUAGAGAAAUUGGAUACUUCUAAGACCAUUAAUGUUUUCGUUACUGGUGCCACCGGGUUCUUGGGUUCAUUUAUUGUUCGUGAUUUAUUAACAGCUCGUUCCAAAAUUGAUGUCAAGAUUUUUGCCCAUGUCAGAGCUUCUAGUCGUGAAGCAGGAUUAGAAAGAUUACGUCAAACAGGUACUACAUAUGGUAUUUGGGAUGAAAAAUGGGUCGAUAAGAUUGAAAUUGUCCUUGGGGAUUUAUCUAAGAAACAUUUUGGUUUACCUGAAGAUGAAUGGAAACAAUUGACUAAUACAAUUGAUGUAAUUAUCCAUAAUGGUGCCUUUGUCCAUUGGGUUUAUCCAUAUUCUCAAUUACGUGAUGCUAAUGUUAUUGGAACAAUCAAUGUCUUAAAUAUGGCCGGUGAAGGAAAGGCUAAGAACUUUUCAUUUGUUUCUUCAACUUCUGCAAUUGAUACUGAUUAUUAUGUUAAUUUAUCUGAUGAAUUAUUGGCAAGAAACAAAAGUGGUAUUUCUGAAGAUGAUCAAUUGGCUGGAUCUGCAAGAGGAUUAGGCACUGGAUAUGGUCAAUCUAAAUGGGCUGCUGAAUUCAUCAUUAGACGUGCUGGUGAACGUGGUUUAAGAGGAUGUAUUACCAGACCAGGUUAUGUGACUGGUUUCUCCAAGACUGGUGCUUCUAAUACCGAUGAUUUCUUAUUGAGAAUGCUUAAAGGUUCAGCAGAAUUGGGAUUAUAUCCAGAUAUUACCAAUCAUGUUAACAUGGUUCCAGUUGAUCAUGUUGCAAGAGUAGUUACUUCAACUGCAUUACAUCCACCAAAAGAUUCUGAAUUGGCUGUUGCUCAUGUAACUGGACAUCCAAGAAUUCAAUUCAAUGAUUUCUUAGGAUGUUUGCAAUCUUAUGGAUAUGAGAUCAAACUGGCCGAUUAUCCAGUUUGGACUACUGCAUUGGAAAGAUUUGUGGUUGCUGAAUCAAAAGAAUCGGCGUUAUUCCCAUUGUUACAUUUUGUUUUGGAUAAUUUACCACAAGAUACCAAAGCUCCAGAACUUGAUGACACAAAUGCUGUUACUUCAUUGAGAUUAGAUACAGAAUGGUCAGGUGAAGACGUGAGUGCAGGUAAAGGAGUUGAUGCUGAUCAAACUGGUAUCUACAUUAGUUAUUUGAUCAAGAUUGGAUUUUUACCAAAACCAACAGGUAAAGGUGAAAAAGAAUUGCCAGAAAUUGAAUUAAGUGAAGAGACUUUAGCAUUAAUUGAAAGAGGUGCUGGUGGACGUGGGUCUGCUGCUAAGUAG